UAUCAUUCAAAGGUAUCAUUUCCGACUGUUGUCAUUGUGUACUUUUGUUUUAAAUUAAAAUAAUUUAAAGAAACUAUGGGUUUAGCCACUGUUAUCGAGAAUGAAGCUCAUUUCCAAACGGAAAUGGCUAAUGCAGGCACUAAACUGGUUGUAGUCGACUUCACAGCGACUUGGUGUCCACCUUGCCAACGGAUUGCACCGUUCUUCGAGCAGUUGCCGGCAAAGUUUCCUAGGGCUGUGUUCCUGAAGGUGGACGUCAGCAGAUGCGCCGACACUGCUACCGCUCAGGGCAUAAGCGCGAUGCCAACUUUUAUUUUCUACAGAAACCGAACAAAGAUUGACCAGCUACAGGGAGCUGACCCCACCAGCCUAGAAAAUAAAGUUAGACAGUACUAUGGUACUGAUGAAGCUGGUGAUGAUGACAACACUGUUGCUGGACAUAUGGAUCUGGCAACAUUUAUCACUAAGAGUGAGUGCGAGUGCCUGAAUGAGGCUGAUAACCAUCCAAUGGCCCACUGUCUGACUAGUGCAGGAGGGUACCUUGCCAGUGAUUGUGAUGAGCAACUGAUCAUCAAUAUCAGCUUCAAUCAGCUUGUAAAGCUACAUUCCUUAAAAAUUAAAGGUCCCAGUGACAAGGGACCUAAGAAUGUUAAGAUCUUCAUCAAUCAGCCACGAACACUUGAUUUUGAUCAAGCCUCAGGAAACAUGUCAGUGCAGGAUCUUGAGUUUUCACCAAGCGAUCUAGAAGGCAACCCUGUGCCUUUGAAGUUUGUGAAGUUCCAAAGUGUUCAAAAUAUUCAGCUGUUCAUAAAGGACAACCAGUCUGGUGGAGAUGUUACACAAAUUGACCACCUGGCUUUCUAUGGAUCCCCUAUCUCCACCACCAACAUGGGAGAGUUCAAACGGGUAGCAGGUAAAAAGGGAGAAAGCCACUAGCAUAAUUUAAUUCUAUAGAAGAUAGUUCAGUCUUGUUGUGUUCACUAAAUUCUAACUGAUAUGGUGCAGGCAUCUUUAUACCCUAUAAAAUUGGGUAAUUUUAAGUAUAAAAGUAGGUGACAUUUCAUUCAUCAUUAUCACUAUCAAUGUGCA